AGAACUUGGUGACUAUCCUGUGGAUGGUAUUUAAACAAUAACAGAACAUAAUGCCCGGAACAUCAUAUUAAAUAAUCAGAUUAUGGUGCAAGUAUGAUUGGACAGGAAGUUCUUUAACUCUACAGGGAAUUCAAACUCAAAAGGUGAACUCACUGACAUAUUAAGGAAAGCUUCAAUACAUCUGGAGAGAAUUAUAACUAUCAGGACAACAUAAUCACAUACCAAUCCAACUUUAAAAAGGGAGCAAAAUGUCUCAUAAUUCGGAGAAGUAAGCAUUAAAAGCUCAGCAGUAUCUGUCUCUUAGACUAGAUUGGUCUAAUAUUAAAAAAACGGAAUGUGCGCUUUUGCAGUACUGUUAUUUCCUUGACCAGGAUCCCAGGCAUAUUAUUAAGUGAGCACAUUUACAUUUCACCAGUAUGGAUUAAAGCUGACUCAUGGCUGUUGCAGCACAGUACAUGUUCUAACGUGAACUGCAAACAGGGAAAGUUUUUCUUUUUUCGCCUUUAAUUUUAACUGCUACGUAUGAAAUAUUUAAUUGAGCAAAUGGGCAAAGUGCAAUCUUCAUAAUCAGAACUGGACAACAGUCAUAAAAAAAAAUCUUAAUGAGCAAGUAAGUGCUAGAGGGCUGAAAUAUUUCAAAGUUCAGUAGUUGAGUCUUAAUGUGUAACUGCUGCAAAUCUGACACACCCCACCGUCCUCAGGAAGAUCAGCAGUGCCUGAAAGGCUCAGUGUUGAAAACAAACCCAAAUUGGUGACAUGCCAAGGAAACAGAAGUGAAACUACAGGAGAAAGUAACACAAGUUAGGUUAUGCGAUUGCAUCCUUCUGAACCAUGGAGAACUCAGUGUCAAUUACACCCUAUCAAGGUGAUGUGAGUAUGAAUGAGGGACGAACUUUGACUUUUACUAAAAAGACAUGUGAAUUUGAGGAACCAGCUCCAACUGGAAGUCAAGCAGAAGCACCACUUCAGAACAACUCACUGGAUAGCAGUAAUCAUACAGAGAGUAAUGGGGGUUACAGUGUACAAAGUGGGAAAUGUGACCCAGUCAUGCAAUCCCCUGGAGACGAGAGAAGUUCUGUCAAGGGCUUCAUCAGUGAUGCUGAAGAGAGAUCAUGCUCUGACCCAUUAAGUGAGCGAGGAAUGGUGAGAAGUCGGUGGGACAUGAACAAUGCUACAUCAGAAUCAGAAGAUGAUACAGAGGAAACCAGCAUAGGUGAUUAUAGUCAGCAGUCUGAAAUAGAGGCACAAAAGGACAGUGAUCAUGAAGAGACAAUAAGGACCCCUCUGCCCCAAGGAAAACCUGAUCUAGUGAUUGAAGUGACUGGUGGACAAAGGAUAAGUGCGCAUAAGGGAGUGCUCGCUGAAAAAAGUGACUAUUUCAGGGCACGAUCAUCAAGGGAUAUCUUAAAAAUAAAGGGCUUGAGUUACCAAACUCUUCAGCUGCUCGUUGAUUACAUUUAUAGCUCAGAGCUGGAAGUAAAACUGGACAAUGUAGUUGAGGUAAUCAGUGGUGCAAAGUUUCUACAAAUACCCUGUGCUGUGCAAUGUGCUAUGGACAGCAUGAAAGCACAAAUAUCACUUAAGAACUGUUAUCAGGUUCUCUAUAUUGCUAAGAAACAGAGACUGAAUGAACUAAAGGAGGCAACAUAUAAGUUCAUGAGUGACCAUUUCCUCCAGGUACUGAGGGACCCAACAGUCUAUGGGAAGCUCACAGGAGCAGAGAGGGAUCUGAUACUGCAACGCAGGAUGGAUGGAAAGCAGUACUUGGUGGUGGCAGAAAUCAAUGAUGCUUUUGAACGCAUGACUAGUAGUAGUAGACCUCAAAGUAGGGAGAGCAGUAGACCACAGAGCCCCUCCUCUGUUUUUUCCUUGGAGGAGGAUGCAACAAGUUAUGCGGUACAUUGCUACAAUGACUCUACUAGAUGCUGGAAGUCACUGACUAGAUUGCCAGAGGAAGCUAACACCAAGGGAUGUGGGGUUUGUGUGCUUUAUAACUACUUGUUUAUUGCUGGUGGCAUCAAAGGUAAUGGUGAUAAGGCCAGACUUUCUGACCAGGUAUUUUGUUACAACCCGUUAACUGACUCAUGGGAUAAAUUACGUCCUCUCUCACAACCUCGUUCCCAACUCAAGCUUCUGGCCCUUGAUGGUUACUUAUACGCUAUUGGUGGAGAGUGCCUCUUUACUGUAGAAAAGUAUGAUCCACGCAUGGAUCGCUGGAGCUCUGUGGCUCCAUUACCAAAGGGAGCAUUUGCUGUGGCACAUGAAGCCACUACAUGUAAUGGAGAGAUUUAUGUUUCUGGGGGGACUCUCUUCUACCGACUUCUUAAAUAUGAUCCAAAACGAGAUGAGUGGCAGGAAUGUCCUUACAACAAUAGCCGUCGACGCUCUGCUGGCAUGGUGUCCCACAGAAGCUGUCUCUAUAGGUUUGAUGUUAGCCGUGAACAUGGGCUUAGUGUCUUCACAUACAAUUCCAUGGCAAGGCACUGGAGUGAAGGUGUUAGCCUACUUCGCCCUGGCCCAGGACCACCACCACCCAGUAUCCCUUUCCGUUGCACUGUAAUGGGAAGCAGCAUCUACUGUGUAAACCGGGCCAGUGCCCUACGAGUACCACUCCCCCCUGAUGGAUCGGGAGGAGAAAUGACAAGUUGUGAACCAGAAGUCUUUGUCUCACCAGAAGAGGCGAAAGGGGUCCUUUUCCCAUUUGUACUCUCUUUACCUGAAAGCAGGCCAACUCAUUGAGAAGGUUAUACUAACAUGAAUGGUGUUCUCCAGGCGCAGACGACUGGCAUGUCUAAAUUUUCAUUACUCUUUUGCUGUCCCAUUCAGCUUUCAAAAGAACAGUAUCAUAAGACAUGCAUGCGUUCCACAUAACCUUAUAAUGAACAUGUGGUCAUACAUUUACAGGCACUUACAUUUUUACUGGAGAUACUUUAUUGUCAAAUAAUCACAGCACACAGUUUCCUAUCUGUAAACGUUUAACUGGCUAGUUCCUGCAUGAAGUAGCCAUUUCUAUAUGCUUAAGAUCCCCAUGUUUAGUAUUAAGUAAUGUGGUAAAAAUGCUGUCAUGCUAUCUUAUAUUUAAGAAGACGCUGCUUAAAAAUGUGCAUUCAAAUGAAAUAUUGCAUUAUGCCUCACAUUCUGUUAAAUAGUCAAUAAUAAUCCAUUGAUAAUCAGUGCAUCAGUAAGCAUGAUUUAAAGCUAACUUUUAUUUAAAGGUGAAACGCCACUUAAAUAAAAUCAUAUUUACUGUAAAUCAUUCCUUUAAGCUGUAGUGUGCGAAGUCACCUGAAAAAGGGACAUAGGCGGCAAUCAGAGUGUACCAUGGGGUCAGGUAAUUAUUUACUAAACAAUAGCACUUAUGCCACACGUGUGUCUAUGCUUGUCUCUUUUUUUUUAUCAUUAGCACUAGAUAUUUGCAUGUUUGUAUAACACUAUAACAUUACAAAUUGUUUAGGUGCACUGUUAUCACAUACAUGUAUAUGUGUGUAUGAAAGAUUAAUAUUGUAAAUUGUAUAUUUUAUGUAAUUAUCAUAACUAUAUUUGUCCUGGAUAGCUGCCAUCUCGUCAAGACCCUAGGCUGGAAAUUAAUUAGUGGCUAUUUUUCUUUUUGUCUGAUUAAAAGUCAAGUUAAGAAAUAUAUUACCAUGUGAAAAAAACAUACAAACAUUUCAACUGGUAAUAAAAUUACGUCAAAGGGUUUUAUUCACUAAAGUGUUAAUUGUUGAACUGAAUUGAACUGAAUACAAAGCUGUAAGUGAAUUGAACUGAAUACAAAGCUGUAAGUGGUAGGCCCUAAAGCCAUGUUUUGAUUAAGGAAAAAGUGGAAGAAAAAUCUAAUCACAGCUAUUUUGGCUCACAUUUUGCAAGUUAGAAUUCCUUUCACCCAAAAUGUUUGAUUAGUGAGUAUGCCCCAUGUAAAAUAAUUCUUAGUUCAUCCAAAACCUGGCUCACCUUUCCAUUAGAGUACAAAAAUGGCAGAGAAAAAAAAAAUCGAUAGUUUUACUGUGGGCAUUCAAUGUGGUCAUUUAGCUGGGCUAAGACCAUGUAGAAGCACCGUGCAGUAUUAACAGUAGAAUACUAGAUGUAUUCCAAGAAACAGAGAUAGCUUGUAUUGCUGCAAUUCUGGAGAUUUUUAAAGUGUUGGAAACGUUUUUAAAAUCCCUUUUUCAUAUAUCUGUAGAAUUAGCCCUUGUGUCCUUGUUAACUUUUCUACAUACUCUUUAGUACAUAAAUACGAGUUCUCAAAAUGGCAUUUGCAAAGAUUGGUUCAUGACAAAGGCAUAGGCUUCAGGAUUUUAUGAGGUCCUUAGCCCAAAGAAAAACGUUAUGCACCCUGAACACAACCCUUGGCACUCAUGCAAAAACAUGCAUAUACAGGCACAGUUAUGCAUAAAGUCAUAUCCGGAUAUUUUCUUUCUCAGACACAAAUGUAGAGACAGUAACAAACACAACUAACACAUAUACACACUCAUGCAGGCAGGUACACUCACACACACCCAUGAUUCGCAAACUAUACAAACACUAACAAACAUUACACAUGUGCAAAGACAGAUGUAAACACACACAUAAAAAGAGUCAUAGCCACAGAGAUAUGUACUGAAAUUCUUCUGAACACUAAUGAGCAGAGACUUUCAUUCAAACCCACUUGUGCACAGAUACAUAUAGCUCAUGCACAGUGACAGACUAAUAGACACAAUCAGGUACAGUGGCACACAAACUUUUUUUACAGAGACAGACACACUUGGGCACAUGUACAGAGGCACAAAUACAGACAUGUUUAUGAAAAGCCAGAGGCACACUCAUGCACAAACAGAGUCAUACAAACACGCACUGUCAAAUUCAGACAUACACAAUUGUAUACUCUCAUGUACAGAAAAUUAGAAAUAUUCACACACCUGUAUAGGUGGAGGAACACAUCUAGAAAAAAAUAAGUAUACUCAUGCAGAAGCAAAAACAGACACACUAACAAAAUAUUUGGGUGGAGAAAACUACACUUAUGUGCAGACAAAUUUACACAAUGCUGUACACUUGCAGAGGUACACAACUUUAUACACAAAGACAUGCUUACAAAUAAAUGCAUAUACAGACAUACUUAUGCAUAGACAAGCUUGCAGACAGCCUUUUGUUUACAGUAACACUUAUUCACAAACAUUCGUAGUCAUGCACAAACAACUGGCUACAGCAGUGGCUAGAAGGAUUCUCUUGUUAUGAAGAAAAUAAGUAAUGACAGCCCAUACAAGCCCAGGCCAGGUUUAAGUAGAUUAUGGGGUGAGAGGCGGUGAGUCAACCCUUGAUUGUGAAUGAUUGCUGUUUAGGAAAGAAGGGAGAAUAGUUAGAACAAUAGCAAACCACUGAGACAGGACUUGACUGGGAAUACCAAACAGCCUUUUGGGAAUAAUUUAAUAUGAACCAUGUCUUGCAACCUGAUAUGUAACUUAAUUUUACCUCUCACCUCCUAUUAUCACUUUAACAAUUCUCAGUCACAAUUUCCCCAUCCCACAUCACUGUCCCAAUUUCACCUACUUGCCACCUAAUUUUAACUACUUAUUCCCCCAUCCCCAUUUAUUACUCCCAUUAUCUUAUUACAUCUUCUUCCUUUAUCAUCAUUUAAUCCAUCCAUUUUAUCCAUAUUUAAUGUAUCCAAUCUCUAUUUAAUCUAAUCUAAUCCUUACCCACAUUACACCUUUGCAGUCCUCCAUACUCAUUUUACUUCCCCAAUUCACAGUUGACCCCCCUAUUCACUCUCUUUGUAUCCACCUACUGUCACUCUUAGUCUUGAUCCAAUUUUACUACACUACCAUUGUGGUAUUUCUCAUGUGCCUUCCCCUCCUGGUGUGCCUUUGCCCAUUGUGUCUUUGUCCAUGCUACAGUAUCACAAGCAGAUAUAAAAAUAAAUUUAAAAAACAUUUCCUUUAAAGUUAAGGCACCAGGAACCCAGACAAUGCCCUACGUUACCACAAAUAGGGAUUAAUUCCCGUGAAGAUUAACCCACUUAUUUGGGAAAGAUAUUUUUUUACACUAGUAAGAGAAUUGGAGCACGGUGGGAACUGCUGUCCACAGAACUCAUUGCACUCGUUGGUAGUUUUGUCUUCUGUCCUCUCGAUAAUGUUUUUUUUUAAUUUGAUUUACAACCAGCAGAUAUGUAUUGCACAAACAAUGGAAACAUUUCUCUAGUUAGAAAUAUGCUUGCAGUAACAUUACUGUACUUAAACACAGUAACAUUUAACACAGUGGUUAAACAGUGAUAAACAGCAAAUGGCAAAACACCCAAACGCUAUGGAUUUCUUCACUAAACAAUGCAUUAUUGUGAAAUGUCAUUACAGGCAUGUUGCAAAAUUUAGGCCACAAAAAACUUGGUUCUGUCACCUGUAUAGCUUAUUUCAAAACCAUUAGGCAAAUUAUUAGUGGUGCUUGUUGUUUCUCCAGUAGAAUAGUGCUUUUUCGGAUAUAUGUGUUUUAAGUGUUCGGAGCUAUUUUAUCUCAGAAGAGCUGCCUUGUUUUGCAAUUGAGAAAAAAACUCUACGUCACACUAAGUCCUCCUCAUAGCUCAAUAGAAAGCCAUCAGCUCCCACCAUAGGGCAGGGACAUUAUAAUUUAGAAAAAAAAUAUUCCAAAUUGACAAUCAGAUAAAAUAUAAUAUGCCUCCAGGUAGUUCAAUUUAUUUCUGGCUAAUAAGCAGAUAACAAGCAGACAAUAAUAAUAACAUGAAUUCAUUUACUUAUAUGUUUCAUGGGAUUGGCUUUUAGUGGGUGAGCUUGGUAGCAUAGCUGUAUUUAUUUGUAUAUGUAGUUCAUGCAGGCUCUGUCAAUCAUAGCCAGGGGAGGUGUAGCUAGGGCUGCAUAAACAGAAACAAAGUGAUUUAACUCCUAAAUGACAGUGAAUUGAGCAGUGAAAUUGCAGGGGAAUGAUCUAUACACUAAAACUGCUUUAUUUAGCUAAAGUAAUUUAGGUGACUAUAGUGUUCCUUUAAUGAUAAGCUUUCGGGAGAACAUCCCUUUCUCAAGUCUAAAGUAUUUCUGAGCAAGACGAUACAUAGAAUUCUAAGUUGAGUUGUGAUACAGAGGUAAAGUGACAUGUGCAGAAAAGACACAGGUUUCAUAGAAAAUAGACACCAUUCUUGCAGAAGGUUGUAAAUAUCUUGUGUGAAGAUUACAGAGUGAGGGGGAGAGAGAAAGAAAAAAAAGAAAAUAGUGGUAGUGGGACAGGAAACCCAAAUCAAUAGUUAGUCCUUUAUUCUUGCUGUUAAACAAAUGGAUCAUUCAAGGACCUUAAAAUCUAAGUACUGAAAGGGGUUUUUAAAAAUACCCAAGAAAGAAAAACUUUUGAAACCAGAAUGAUCCAAUUGUUUAACAGCAAGAAUAGAGGACUAAAUAUUGAUUUGGGUUUGCUGUCUCACUAUCAACACUUUACAUGAACACCCCCCCCUCCCAUCAUUAUCUUACUGUUCUGUCAUAUGUAUCAACAUUUUAAAAUGCAUUCCAAUUAUAUGUUUAUGCUCUCAAUACACAAAGUACUAUGUAUAGACCUAUGCUUUACCCUUAUGCACGUAUAUUUAUAUAUAUGACUGUGCAUUUAUAUUUGUGUAUAUGAGUUCAUGUGCAUGCAUGUAUAUGUGUUUGUGUGUGUGUGUGUGUGUGUAUGUAUGUGUAUGUAUAUGUGUUCAUGCAUGUAUCUGAAUGCGUAUACAUAUUUUUAUUUGUGUGUGUGUAUGUAUAAAGUGUGGACAUAUAUGCAUACAAGUGUGUAUAUGUGAAUAGGUGUAUGUGUACAUGUACAUAUAUAUGGGUCUAUGUAUGUGUAGGCAUAUUUGUACAUGUGUAGGUACAUGUAUUGGUGCUUGUGUGUGGAUGCAUGUAUAGGUGUGCAUGCACAUAUAUUUGUGCAAUCGGUUGUAUUUAUAUGUAUAUUUUUGCAUGUACUUAUGUAUAUUGUGUAUGUGCUUGUGUAUACUUGUACAUAUACACUACUAAUGUAUACGUAUAUGUACAUGUGUGAGUGUGUGUGUGUCUGUGUAUGCUGGAUAUAGGCCUUUGUGCAUAUCCUGUAACUCUUGGAUGGGAAUUCAUGCAUUCUUAAUAUAAGUAAUUAUUUUGUUUUCACUCUCCCCUUCAAGCACCAUCUUCUGCACUGUUUGCUUGUUUUUCCUCUCUCUCUCUCCCCUCACUCUGUGAUCUUCACACAAGAUAUUUAUGACCCUCUGCAAGAAUGUUAUCUAUUUUCUAUCAAACUUGUGUCUUAUCUGCACUCAUGUCGCUUUAACCCCUGUAUCAUAACUCAACUUUGAAUUCUAUGCGUCAUUUUGCUCAGAAAUGCUUUAGACUUGAGAAAGGGAGGUUCUCCCAAAAACUUGUCAUUAAAACAUUUUGUUAGUCCAAUAAAAAAAGGUAUUACAAGAUAGAAAUUCUGUUGUGUUUUUUUUGCAUUUGUAUAUGUAGUGUAGAUAAUACAUGUGAAUGUACAUUAUUGGCACUCCAGAUAAUGAGACAGGCUUUGGUAGACAACUUAUAGACAAUGCACAAAGUCUAUUCAUAACCAGGUCUGUAUCAUUACCACAGAGUACAUUUGGCUUGUCACGUUCAGGAGAUGCACUUAUUAACUCUAGACUCAUAAAGGAUUCUAAAUAAAGAAGCAAUGCAGGGGGUGUUAAUUGUUAGCUUUUUUCUUCUUGUUUGCAGAAGCUUAAUUUAGAUAUGUGUUGCUGUAUGAGUUCAGGUUUCUUCUUUGUUAGAUAAUUCACCCUCUCUUAUUCCGACAUUGUUAGAUAUGGGUUUUGAUUGGCCACCAAAAGAGUCAGACAGAAAUACUUUACAUUAAUUAGAGGGGGUAAGAUUUAUAUUGGUGGGUUCUUUCUAAAUUGUUUUCUGUGAUGUAAUUUAUUGUUGACAUGAGCCAAUGAGCAAAUAGUUUUUAGUCUUCAUGUGGGUGCCAAUUUAUUUCAAUAUUUGUGAAUCAGUGAACACAGAUAGGUUAUUAUACAAAAUGCAUUACUUUUAAACCACAUGGUUAUUUAAUGUGGCAAGUAAAUGGUCAAAAUAGUAUACAGUACUUUUUAUGGCAACUGAUACUUCAUAAAUCACUGGGUGUCCCCACGCCCCCCUAAAAAAAAAAGAAAGUCUACCACCUUGCUGGUUGUGUGAAGAUGUGACCAAUUAUGUUACGGAGUAUUUCACAUUAAGGAAUCCUCCCUCCCCACCCCCCCAAAAAAAAAGAUUGCACAGGAAAUUGUGGAUUUAUUUGUUAAUCAAGUAUUGACAGUAGUUGUACCAGUUGUGGUUCAUUGUAAAAUAUUUAAUGGACACACGUUUUUAAGUUAAAGACUGAAAAGAGAUGUAUCAGAUAUGUACCUGUUUCCACAUGGUCCACUAGCAACUAAUACAAAAACGUGGCUUACCAACUAACUUUUCCAUAAAGGUUGCCCACUACAUGGACUGAAUUACUGACAUUCAAGAUUCUGGUGGACAAAAAGCAACAGAUAAAAAAAAAGAGUAACUAUAGCAGGUUUGAAUACUGUAAACCCAAGAUAUAUGUUACCAACCUUCCAGAUUCUGCAAUUGUUGAAUGACCCUUCAGUUGCAUGGUCAUUUGUUCUGUGUAGACUGAAGAUAUGCUUAACUUUAUUAAAUGAAUAGGUAGCCUUAAUUUGAAAGCUAUGUGACAUUUAUUCCCUUACCAUAGAUAAACAUGCAGUAUCUCUGGUCACAGAAUCCAGAUUCCAGACCCACCUGUUUUAAUCUCCCUUUAUUGUACAGUGUUUCCCAUGAGAUAGUUCAUAUUUGCAUGGACUCUAUAAUAGAUCCGUUAAACCUGUUAAACUGUUUUAUCACUAGAUUAUACUUACAAGCCAGAUAAACCAUCAGUGGAAAUUCUCAAUAAAAUCUGGCCAGUUUUCGAUAGGAAUACAGAAAUUGGAUGGGAUCCUAAGAUGUAUGUCCAUUUCCGUUGCCAAAAUAAAACUCUCAACAACAUCAUUUGGCAUUAGACAGUGAAUUGUGGCCAACAGAAAACUGAGUUUGAAAAUUUGGGUUACAUUGGAAAUUUUUUCCUAAUUAGCUGAUUUUUAGCUUUUGACCCUAUGUGUCUAUCUGUGCAUCUGUCUCUGACUACUUGUUUGUCUAUGACCUUUGUUAAUGCCUACCUGACGCUAUGCUUUUGGAUUGUCUUUCCUGAGACUUUUAGUUAUUUUUGCACUGAAAACCUAAUAUAAACAUUUUACCAAGGAUACAACAUCAUCACAUUGUAUUUACACAGUUGUUACUCCCUAAUGUUCUUUAAAUAUCACUAAUGGGGCACUGUUAUGUGUGACAGUUUUUAUGUUUUGUGGCGGAUCCAAAUUGGAGGGAUUGCAAGUAACAAAAUACAAUGCAUCACACAUGGCUAUCCUUUUAUUUUCAAACAGAUUUUUUUUAGUGUGCUAUCAUUUUUGUAUAUAUUACACUUUGUGGAAAUGCGCAAAUCACAGUGUGCACGACAAUGUGUAAUUAUCUCAUUUCAAGCCGUUGUUUACAUAAAUGGACAUUAAUGUGUUAGACAAAAUCUGAAUUUUUACAUAAUGCAACUGCACAUUUUUUUAAAUUAAGGUAAAGACUAAUUCAGUCAAGAAAACUGGAAAUGUAUUUGAUAUGAAAAGUGAGAUACGUUUUAAAUUAUUCUAAAUUAGAACUUUCCUAAAAAAAGCUUCCUUUUACUGUAGCUAGCUUCAAUGUUUAGAUUAUAGAUUUUUUUCUUAAAAGCAAUUUGUGAAUCUGUCAAAUUCUAUGCAUUUAUAAUACAUGUGCAUUAUAUUAGCAUACUCAAUUCACUCUUUUAUUACUUGCUUUUGCACUUAACUCUUUUGCCUCUAGAGUUUCUAUGUGCUAUAAAAUAAUAAAAAUUCAACCUUAGGGUUUAAAAAAUAUUGCUGAAUAUUUGUAUUUCAUUUUUAUUAGCAGCCAAGCUAUAUUUUGUCAUUAAGGAAGCUGCAUUUUUGCACAUUGAAUAGUCUACUUUUCUGAGAAUUAACCAAUCUUCGAGUGUUCCUUUAUUGAGAGUAUUUCUUUACUUAAAGAAUCUUGUAUACUUAUUCCUUUUUGCAUUGUUCUUAUUAAAGUAUUGAGUAUCUGCAAACUGUUUUGAAUAUGGACUUUACAGCUCUCGCACAUUCUUAUUUCAAAAGCUUUUUUUCCCUCUUUAUUGAAAUUUCGUGCAUUCCAAUAAAUAUUAUGACAAACUAAAGAUGACCUUGUACUAUUAAAGCAGUGUUCUAAAGACGUUCUCACUUGUGUUGUUUUAUUGUCUAAUAUUGAAUUUGGCAGAUGUGUUUUAUACUUUGGUGAUAGAAAAAAAACCUUUGUUUUUAAACAAUAUUUCCAUUUGUAAUAUAGGAG